UGAUUUUCCUGGUGCGCUGUUGCAACAACGAGAGUGGAGUUGUCUCGAGCAUGACGGAGAGGUUAUAUACCGUGUAGCUUCAUUAGGUAGCCACAUGUAUGCUAGAGUAUUGUUGUUCAAUAGCCUUUUGCUAGCAGCCCAAUGGGACAUCAAUGACAGCACGAUCUUUGAAUAGCCGUUAUUAGCAUUUGUUUUGGUCUUAUCAAAACCUGGAUAAUCUUCACUGCUGUGUUGAUAUCAGGCGCAUUCAGCAGUCAUUACGCUACACUCGCGCUGGAUCAAAGUGUGUAGCCUGUUUGUAUAAGGUAGGUAGGUAUCAACUGUGUCACGUUUGUCAUUCCGUCUAAAUGAAAAGCUGCUACAAAGUGUCCUGUUAGCUGUUUGGUAAUAUCAGUGAAGGUCAACGUGUUACACUGUAGCAGGGUUACAUAUAGUGGAGGACAUCGUCCAGAUCAGUAACACGUGUUGUUGUUAAGUUUACACCACGGGUCGAUACGACUAACGAUAUUUUCCACUAAAGAAAGAGACAUUCUUCAAUUCGGGAUACAUUUCGCAUUACAUUUCGGGAUACAGUCGCCGAAUUUAUUUCGAUAUUAAUUAUAAAUAUUAUCCAUUUCAUUAUCAUUUCAACUUCACUUUCAUACUCUCCUUAAACACAAUCUGGUUAGUAAUAGCAAAGGCGUAAAAAUAAGCUGAAAGUAAAACGGUAAAAUGUGACUGUGGCUCUGUGGAGCAGCUAGGCCUUAUGAAUAGGAUGUUUCAUAAUAUUUGGAUAAUAAUUUUCAGCUGAAUAUUUAGAUGAUUCUGAAAAUGUGGAUGAGGUCUUUACAUCUGAUGGUAUCUCGUAUGUAUUUGAGUCAGAGUAUACGGAUGAAGAGCCUUCACACUGUGUUGGUAUUUUAGUGGUUUCAACCAACAUUAGCUGUCACCGUCACCUAAAACCAGUUCAUUAGAAAUUAGAUUGUAGUGCUGCAAAUCAAUGAAUCAAACGUAAUCAUGUGGAAAUAAGGAAGUAUGAAGAUUCUGUAUCAGCUGCACAAUAUACGUUCUUCUAAUUGACACAUGUUUACUCUAACAUUCUCCAAAAAACCAGAAGGCCUAUGUAGAAACUCACAGGAAGAUACAUUUGCUCUCUUCCUGUUUUCAACAUUAAUCUUACACAAGCCUCCAAAGACAAAUCGCAUAUGUUUUGACGUUGUAAUGAAAAACUAGACAAAUAUGCAUUCAUGAGCACAGCUACGUAUUUUCUUGUAUUUUCUUGCUAGGUGUCCUAACUACAACAUCCACGCAUUCAGCUGACAGUUACCAGUUAACAAGGUCGACCAGUGUUGCCCGGUGCACUGGGUGCUACCACCGACUAGUGGUAUAUAGGCUCUAUUGCUCCUGAGCCACAGAUGAGAGGCCGGCUGAGUUGUAACUAGUGGUGCAACGGAUCAUAAACUCAAGGUUCGGAUCGGAUCUCGGAUCAGACUCAUGGAUCGGUUUCACGGAUUGAAAUGGCACAAAAGAAAAAAGGAGCAAAUACAUCUUUUAGAGAUCCCCUAUCAAGUUUUUUUUUUGCCGUCAAUACUAAUUGCCGAUCAUUGAUGAUCAAUACUCAACAAUCUAUGUUUUAUCCAUUAAUAGGCUAGCUGCACUUUUCACUCUCCCAAAUUCCAAAUAAUGUCCCUCCCAGUUCCCCAGAGUCCAAGUCUUCAGAAUCUUGUGUUGUCCAACCAGAGAGAGUCGCUUCACUGUGAGCUAAAACAGGGUAAAGCAGGACAUCCUCACCUUGGACAAACAGACACUAGCGAAUAUUUUGAACUUUUCCUUUAUAAGUGAUUUAGACAGUUACUCUAGUUCUACAAGUUGAUGACCAUUCAUUUUCUGUAGAAUGACUAAUUGAUUAAUCGAUCCCAAAUUAAAUAGCAAGUUUGUUAUUUCUCCUUAUCAUCAAUAAAAUGAUAAAUUGACUGGUGUUGGUGUUCGCAUUGGUAGUGGUGCAUCAGAAAAUGGUUUCUAUGAAUUGAUUUCAGCCUCUAGCUUCUAAAGAUACAUGUCAUGUUUAGAAUGCAAAAUUACAAUAUUACAGUAGGUUCACCUAUUUGAAAGUUGCCUUCGUAACAACAUAUCUGCUGAUUUUAUUAAAUAUAAAAUGAACUGAGCUGUAGAAAUCAGUUACAUGUGAUGACUACUUGUAAUAAUUUCACUCACACACAGAAGAGACCAUGUGCAAUAACUGAACCUGUUUUCUAUGUCUAUCUUUACACAGGUCCGAAUGGAUAAAACUGUACGGAAAGUUCGGAAUCAGGAUAGCAACCCAUGCAUCGAAGAAAGUGAUGCCUCCCAGAAGUGUUUGGGGGCCUACAACUAUGAUUCCAGAAUGUGCUCAGCUUAUUUCCAGAGAUAUAAGAGCUGUCGGAAAUACUGGCACAGCAUAAUGCAACAGAGGAGAAGAGACGGUGUGCGACCCGACAUGCCCACUGCUGCAGAGAGGCAAGAGAUGCUCGCUGCUAUCGGAGGCAAACCAUACUGAGAGUCAGCAAGGUAACGCAGAGACAUGGCGAGGACAUUUACUACACGCCGACACACUGUGGAGACACCACUACAAUGCUUUGGCUGGUUACACUGACUCGAGGCCUGACCUGUCCUCAAACUCAGGUCGUGUGGAAGUGACCAUCUGUAACUGGUCUAUAAUAAAAUGACAAGAAAAGGAUAUUGUGUUGUCAAUAUACAGUUGUGCUCUUGGGUGUCCACUUGUUAAGGACCUUGACUAUUCAUGAUGAAGUCUGCACAAAACAGGAUCUCAGUUGUACAGGAUGUUUUCCUUCAAACAAAAGCUCUUAACUCAUUUCAUGUAGUGUCAGUCCAAUGAUCAUAAACCUCAAUAAACAAUAACAUGAAACUGUUUCUAAAGCCACCUGUGUGAUGGGCAUCUAUCAUCUGUCUAACCUUAAUACACUGGGAGUAUUGUAUCUACAUGAUUGUUUUACUGAUUUGAUUAGUUUGAUUUCAUUCUGUUUUUGUCCUUAUUUCUUGUGUUGUGUUUUUUGUAGUCCUGUAUCAUUCUAAGCUGUCAGGUCUCAGGUCUGGCUUGUGUUGUCUCUUGAUUGUGAUGGGCCAGUUGAACAGAGAUUUUACAAACCAGCGCCUUCAAAAUGUAUCGCAGUAUUCUCCUUUAAUAAUUAGUUUUUGAAAGAAUAAAUUAUUAGAUAUUG